UAUUUCACAAUCCGCACCCAAGCAGAAGCCGACACCCAAACUGAGAAAUAACCGGUGUUGUUGUCACCUCUAUCCCCCUCAUCCCUCUACCGGUCUAGAGAGUAAAAAAACAAAAAACCCUAAUUAGCUCCAACCAAGUCUCUAAUGGCGUCGAAGUUCGGCAUGGCCAGUGGCAUACCAGGUCGUGUUCGACCGAUAUGGGACGCUAUCGACUCUCGACAGUUCAAGAACGCUCUCAAGCACUCCACUGCUCUGCUUGCUAAAUACCCCAACUCUCCCUACGCUCUUGCACUUAAGGCUCUCAUUUUGGAAAGGAUGGGUAAAUCUGAUGAAGCACUGUCUGUUUGCUUAAAUGCCAAAGACCUAUUGCAUACCAAUGACUCUAUCUUAAUUGAUGAUCUCACUCUCAGCACGUUGCAGAUUGUAUUCCAACGACUUGAUCAUUUGGACAUGGCUACUAGUUGCUACGAGUACGCCUGUGGGAAGUUUCCAAACAAUAUGGAAUUAAUGAUGGGUCUUUUUAACUGUUAUGUUCGUGAGUACUCAUUUGUGAAGCAGCAACAGAUUGCUAUUAAAAUGUACAAGAUUGUUGGUGAAGAAAGGUUCUUGCUUUGGGCAGUCUGUAGCAUUCAGUUACAGGUUUUAUGUGGCAAUGGGGGAGAGAAACUGUUGCUUUUAGCUGAAGGUUUGCUUAAGAAGCACAUCGCUUCUCAUAGCUUGCAUGAGCCAGAAGCUCUUAUUGUCUACAUUUCUCUAUUGGAACAGCAGUCCAAGUUUGGAGAUGCUUUGGAAAUUCUCUCUGGGAAACUAGGAUCGCUUAUAAUGAUUGAAGUUGAUAGAUUACGGAUACAGGGAAGGCUUCUUGCUCGGGCAGGUGAUUAUGCAGCUGGCGCUGAUAUAUUUGAGGAAGUCCUAGAAUUAUGCCCUGAUGAUUUCGAGUGUUUCCUGCACUACCUAGACUGUUUGCUGGAGGAUGAAAGUAGGUGGUGCAGUGGUGCUAAUGGUGAUUCAAUUUAUUCAUCCAAAUCUGUGGACUGCAAGAUUUUGCAAUUGACAGAUGAAGUGUUUGAUUCUCGUAUAUCAAAUGCGUCAGGUUUUGUUCAAAAGUUAAUGGCUUCUGCUACUAAUGAAUCUAUAAGAUGUCCAUACUUGGCGAAUCUUGAAAUUGAGAGGAGGAAGCUCUUGUUCGGAAAGGGAGACGAAGACAAAUUAAUGGAGGCUCUGAUGCAGUAUUUUUUGAGGUUUGGUCACUUGUUCUGCUUCACCUCAGAUGUCGAGGCGUUUCUUCAAGUAUUAACCCGUGAGAAAAGGAUGCAAUUUGUGGAGAAGUUAAUGGAAACUAGUGAGACCCCUGCAACAAUGGCUGCAAAAGUGCUUGGGAAGUCAUUAACACUCUUUAAAAUUCAAGAAUCUGUUGGCAACUUCUUCACUCUUCCAGUGAGUGACCUUGAGCGCCUUGCUGUACAAAUGGUGGAGAUGUACUGUAAGAACCUUCCACUUUCAAAGGACUUGGAUGUACAAGAGAGCAUGCAUGGCGAAGAGCUUCUGUCUAUGGUGUCCAACAUUUUGGUUCAGUUAUUCUGGCGAACUAAGCAUCUCGGCUAUUUAGUGGAGUCAGUUAUGGUUUUGGAGUUCGGUUUGACUAUACGAAGAUAUGUAUCGCAAUACAAGAUUAUAUUGGUGCACUUGUAUUCUCAUUGGGGCGCCCUUUCGUUAGCAUAUCAAUGGUACAAGUCUUUGGAUGUGAAGAAUAUCUUGCUGGAAACUGUUUCCCACCACAUUUUACCCCAGAUGUUGAUAUCUCCCCUUUGGGUAGAUUUAGGUGAUCUUUUGAGGGAUUAUGUGAGAUUCAUGGAUGACCACUUCAGAGAAUCUGCAGAUCUUACAUUUCUUGCAUAUCGCCAUCGGAAUUACUCAAAAGUAAUUGAAUUCGUUCAAUUUAAAGAACGAUUGCAACGCUCUAAUCAAUAUUUAGUGGCAAAGAUUGAAGCACCAAUUCUACAACUAAAGCAGAACGCUGAUAAGAUUGAAGAGGAAGAGUGUGUCCUUGAAAGCUUGAAGUAUGGUGUUGACUUUCUUGAGCUCUCAAGCGAAAUCAGAUCCAAAUCUUUGACUUUCAAUGAAGAUUUCCAGUUACGACCUUGGUGGACACCAACGUAUGACAAAAAUUAUCUUUUAGGACCAUUUGAAGGAGUAUCCUACUGUCCUAGAGAAAACAUGAAACACCAGAUUAAACAAACUGAAGGAAAUGUACCAAAAGCCAUUGAGAGGAGAUCCCUUCUUCCUCGGAUGAUUUAUCUGUCUAUCCAGUGUGCUUCAUCAUUACUCAAGGAAAAUAUUGAAACCAAUGGUUCUGUGUUUGACGCUAAAAUCUCCUUAGAGCUAAAGAUGUUGCUGGAACGCUAUGCAAAAUUCUUGGGAUUUCCUUUCCAGGAUGCAAUAGAAGUUCUUUUUGCGAUUUCGUGUGGCAGGAAGUCUACAGAGGCUUUGACUUCAAACCUGAUUGACUGGAUGAACUUUGCCGUGUUUUUUAAUGCAUGGAACGUGAAUUCAAAUGAGUUUGUGCCGGAUAAGGAUGCAUGUAAGCCUGGUACUUGGCACAUUGUGAAUUCUUUGCUAGAUAAGUACAUCCUGGAGAAACUCAGAUCCAUGGGACCCUUAAUUUCUUCGCCCGGCUGUGAACUACCUUUGUUAGUGCAAUUGGUUACCGAGCCCUUGGCUUGGCAUGGUCUCAUACUACAGUCUUGUGUCCGGUCAUCUCUUCCAUCCGGAAAGAAGAAGAAGAAAGGUGGGCCUGCAGAGCAGACAAACUCUCAACUUUCUCAAGGAAUCAGGGAUUCAAUUGUGUCUCUAUGUGGAGUGAUAGAGGAGGUUGCAAAGUGGUUAAGAGAACAAAUCAAGAAGCCAGUGGACAUGAAUGUGGAAAUCAUACUUUCUUCCCUCCAGGUAAAAGAACAUGAUAAUGACGGGCCUGGGAAGGUUUUUCAAGUUCUAGAAACAUCUAUGCCAUCCAUGAAUGAUGUUGAACUUGGUGAUCGGAUUUCUCAAGCAUUGAAGUUUUGGAGCCCUGCUGAUGUUGCAAGAAAGAUAGUAACCGGGCAGUGUACUGUAAUGUCUGAGUUUCUCCGGAUAUGUGAAUGGAAGAUUAAAUCAUUGCAGGCAUUGAAACUGCAAAUGUGGCAAGUCUGAAAGAAACUAUAGGUGAGGUGAACACACAAUUUUAUGCCUUGAUUUGACCUCAUAUGCUCUGCAUGUUGAGGUGGAGCAGGGUUGAAAACAGAAACACAACAUUUGAAUGUGCUUGUGCUUGUUAAUUUUUUUUCCUCUUAGGAUGAUCUCAUGUGAGGAGGGAGCACUGAUUGGAUUCUGGUUGAGUGCCACGCCUUUUCUGAGGGUUUUUUAUUUUUUAUUUUCAGAAUAGAUUCUCUGUUCAACAGUGUAGACUAAAUAAACAGUUAAGGUUCUUCCUUGAACAUGUUUGACAUUUCAACAGGCUUGUAACAUUAAUUGUUUCAAGAAUUUUGUGGCAAUUGUAUCAUUCAUUUUCUUGGUUUGCAA